CUAGCCAAGUGAUAAGAAUACACCUCAAUUCUUAGAGUAUAGGCCUUUACAGCCAGGCCUGCAUAUCUAUAUCCUAACACUAGCUAAUGCAGAUUAGUUACCCCAUGUGAAAAACACCCAUUGUCUUAUAGUCACAGACUAAGCUGCUGACUCUGAUGUUAAAUGACCUGUUAUUGUUCAUGGGCUGAAAACUCUGAUACUGAUUGUGUGUCUACUGCUUCUUCUCCUGUGCCAGGUGCUGCAUCUGCAUGUCUGUGCCCAUUUCUGUGGGUGUCAUGGAAAACAAAUUGCAAUCUUCAAAAGUAAAAGAAUUAGCAGAGUCUCCCCCAGCCCCUCUCACCACUUUCUCUUAUUUCCUUCCAUUUACUUCUUCUGGGCUUGUCUGUGUGGUCUGCUGUUAAAGGUGUGAAGUUAAUCAACAUGAAUUUCAGAGCUUUAAACCCCUGUGUGGACGCUCUCAGUCAAAAGUAAGGUGGCCUUAAUUUUGACAUUGGCAGUCAGGACAACCAGGCAGAGACUUUCCCCCAAACACUACAAAUCAUCAGGCUGAGGAAUCACGUCCAUAUUUCUCUCCAGAUCGGUCCGUCUUCCAGGAGACGGGGAAGGGAAAUGGCUGUGAUGGAGCCAGCUCAGAUGCCGGUGACCUUUGAGGAGGUGGCUGUGUAUUUCACCCCGGGGCAGGGGGCUCUGCUGGACCCUGCUCAGAGAGCCCUCUACAGGGACGUCAUGCAGGAGAACUAUGAGACGGUGACCUCGCUGCGAUUCCCACUUCCCAAACCUGAGCUGAUCUCCCGCCUGGAACGAGGGGAAGAGCCGUGGGUCCUGGAUCUCCAGGUCUCCGAGGAAAGAGAGAGCCUGAGAGGGGCCUGCACAGCAGGUGCUGAGCGAGUGAGUGAGAAGGAGGAGGGGAGUCAUCAGAAAGUGCUUGGGGAAGUGAAACCACAGGGGACCUUUGUGGGAAGAGUUGAAGGGAAUUUUUCCCAGUGCGGGGAACAAGGAGAAACCUGGGGAAAUUGGCACAGGUCAGAGAACCUUCAGGGAAACCACCCAAGGAAAAAACUGGAUGAAUCUAUUAAAUGUGGGGGAGGAGACAAGGAUCCCACAAUCCAGCAGACAAAUCCCAAGGAAGACACAUCCUGUCACUGUCUGCAGUGUGGGAAAGGAUUCAUUCUGAGAUCACAGCUUCUUACACAUCAGAGAAUCCAAACUGCAGAGAAACCUCUUCAAUGCUUGGACUGUGGGGAAAGCUUCAAGAAUCGCUCAGACCUGAAUAACCAUGGGAGAAGCCACACAGUAGAGAGAGCCUCUCAAUGCCUCAAGUGCGGAAAAUGUUUCAUUUGGAAGUCAGAAUUACUUAGACAUCAGUUAAGCCACACAGGAGAGAGACCCCAUAAGUGCUUGGACUGUGGGAAAAGUUUCAUACAGAGGUCAGACCUUCUUAAACAUCAGGCAAUCCACACAGGAGAGAGACCCCAUAAGUGCUUCGACUGUGGGAAAAGUUUCAUACAGAGGUCAGACCUUUUUAAUCAUCAGGCAAUCCACACAGGAAAGAGACCCCAUAAGUGCUUGGACUGUGGGAAAAGUUUCAUACGGAGGUCAGACCUUACUCAUCAUCAGAGGAUCCACGCAGGAGAGAGACCUCACAAGUGCUUGGACUGUGGGAAAAGUUUUAUACGGAAGUCAGACCUUAUUCAACAUCAGAGAAUCCACACAGGAGAGAAACCUCACAAGUGCUUGGACUGUGGGAAAAGUUUCAGACGGAGGUCAGCUCUUUUUAAACAUCAUGCAUUACACACAGGAGAGGGAACCCAUAAGUGUUUAGUCUGUGGAAAAAGUUUUGUAUGGAGAUCAGACCUUGUUAAACAUCAGGUCUUCCACACAGGAGAGAGACCCCAUAAAUGUUUAGACUGUGGGAAAAGAUUCAUACGGAGGUCUGACCUUCUUAAACAUCAGAUAAUCCACACAGGAGAGAGACCCCAUAAGUGUGUGGACUGUGGAAAAAGUUUCAUACAGAGGUCAGACCUUCUUAAACAUCAGAUAAUCCACACAGGAGAGAGACCCCAUAAAUGUUUAGUCUGUGGAAAAGGUUUCAUAUGGAAGUCACGCCUUGUUAAACAUCAGAGAAUCCACACUGGAGAAAGACCCCACAAGUGCUUGGACUGUGUGGAGAUUUCACACAGAGAUCACACCUCAUUAAUCAUGAGAGAAUCCACACAGGAUCUAAAGUUCUCUGAGACAGGGACAGAAAGUGUUAAGGAAAUUGCACGUCAUUGACCUAGAUUCAACCUUUAGAGACAUGUUAGAAAAGUGUGUCCUUGUUAGGUAAAAAAGAGCUUUGAAAGGUAAACAUGUAUUGUUAAAGACAUGGAAGAAGAUGUUAACUGUAGUAGUCGUUGUUUAGCUAUAUCUUAUUAGGGGUUAACAAUGGUAAUAAACGGUUCUUGUCUAGGGCUGUAUUCUGUUAAUUCAAAGAUCAAAAGGGAAUAUUAACAUUUAGAUAAAACUUGAUUGUAAUAAUGUCCUUGUUUGUCUCCUGAAAGUUUGUGAUAAACUGUCUAUGAACUGCUUUAUGGAGAAUCACCUGAUGUUAAUCUAUGUUAAUUACCAGUGAUGAUUAGAAAAUAGAAGGUUACUUCAAAAGACUCUUGUUUAGCCAAGGACUGUGUGCUGUCAAGAUGCUGCAAAAAUGAUCCUUUCUUCUCUGACCUGCCUAAGCUUUAUUCGGUGGGGAGUGUGAGUUGGAAGACGGAGAUCUCCAGUCCCCUCUGGACCGCCCUGACAUUGAAAUUUGGACAUUGGACUAGAACUUGAUGAAAU